CCCCCUCCUACCUGUAUGCGGGAACAUUGUAGAUGUCUCGUGGUCAUCAAUGCUUCCCUGCGCUUCAAGCAGGCACAUACGCGUACGCGUAAUGAUUCUGGCUCCGAGCCGCAUUUGCUCUCACGUAGGGAAAAUGCGCAAUGCAUACAAUACAACCUUGGAAACCGACACGCCUUACACAUUCCUUCGCUCAGCGAUGAACCGCCUCUUCUUGGUGGGCCUGCUCUUUCGUACCUCCCUUGCUAUCACUUCUCGCCACGAUGCCCGUUAUGAGCACGAGUCAAUCAGUUCUGGCAUGGCAUCCGAGCACUUGUUCUUCAAGAAACUCGGAAUCGAGCAUGCCUACGGUCUCAGGCCUACCGAGUUCCUGGCGGUGAUGGAGAGCAGUGCGGAGCCGAGUGCCAGAACUGGUGGCCUGGCCCUCCUGAGCGCCAGCGAGUCCCACGAGGCGAGCUGCCAGGACGCGCAGCCCGGCAGCAUGUGCUACCACGCGGCGUCGUGGCUCCAAGCCGAAGGCCUUGCGAAGUACCCAGACUGGUACCCGUCGCUCAGCGCGGACUCCACCAGGCAGGAGGUGCAGGCCGUGCUGCACACGCUCGGCAAGGCGGACUGCCCGAGUCCCUGCAUCUCCCGAGUUGCGAAGCGGCUGGCGCAGUCGCUGGACGAGAGAGCUCUCGAGGUCGAUGGCACCGGCAGGCAGGUGUUCAGCGAGGCGUACGAGCUCUCGGAGCCCACGAGCUGCGGCGACGUCGUGGAGGGCGACUGGUGCUCCCUCUCCAUCCAGUGGCUGAAGAACAUUGGCCUGGAGAGCCAUCCAGACUGGUAUCCUGGGCUCACCCGCCAGUCCAGCAUCCAUGACUUCCAGACCGUGCUUCACAACAGUGGCAAGGUGGGCUGCAAGCUGCCCUGCUCGUCGAUACCCCAGGUAAUGUCGACCACGACUUCUGACAUCACGCAGGCUGUGGUGAGCCCCUCUGCCAUGAAGAUCAACGCCGAGCUGGAGGAGUGCGAAGUCCCACGGGAGGGCUCGCGCUGCUACAAUGCGAUCAGGAAUGUGAUGCAGGUGGGCCUCGGGGCGCACCCGGAAGAGUAUCCAGAGCUCAGCGAGAGUAGCAGCCGUGAGGAGGUCCAGGAGCAUUUGUUUUUGCGCCGGCAGUACGAAUGCGGCAGGCCCUGCCCCAAGGAUCUGGUCUCGAAGCACAGCCGCCACCAGCGCGUCAAGAUGAAUGUGGCCGACAUGACCGAACACGAGAUGACCAUGUACCUGAACCACGAGUGGGACGGCUACGUCGACGGCGACGAGUACGGCGCCUCCGCCGCGGAUAACGCGUUCGAGGAUGGGCGGCUGCAAAGGUUGUGGGCGUGGUUCACGAUCUGCGUCGGUUGGGGCUUGUGGGGCACCACGCCCCCUCGUCGGGCCUUGCCAGGGCGCUGGAGACCUCUGUCGAGGUGCUCGCUCGCCCCCCAGGCCCAGACAUGCGACGCCCUGAUUUUUUCCACGCGCGGUACGUCCCCGGAAGUCCCGACCCUUUCCCCGGGGGCUGGCUUUUCAUCCCUCGGUCGCUCUUGGACGUUCCUGGGGCCCGGCGAGGGCCCCACGAGGCCGAAAGCGGCACAAGACCUCCCGUCGUGCUUCUUUCCCCACGCGAUCCCGUCCUGUGGGGGUGCGGAUGGCGAGCCACACCCCUCGGAGCCGCCGAGAGGCGUACCCGGACGCCGUCGCGGCGGACGGCGCCGCCCCCGCGAAGAGGGCCCCCCCCGCCGCGGAGGGCGUCUCCCCCGGCGAGCCGCCGCAGCCCGAGGCCAGCGCCGCGGCGGAGGCCCCGGGCGGUGCGUGCCGCGAUGCGGCCGCCGGCGAGCUGUGCUACCAGGCGGUGACCUGGGCCCGGACGGUGGGCAUCGUCCAGCGCCCCAGCUGGUACCCCGGCCUCUCCCCGAGCUCCACCUUCCAGGAGUUCCAGGCGCACCUCCACAGGACCAGGGGGACCCUCUGCACGCUGCCCUGCCUGGACUCCGCCGGGGCCUCCGCUGCUCCGGGGAGAGCCGCGCAGCCGCAGGAGGAGGCGCAGACCGACCCCGCUGGGCAGGAGUCCGUGCCCGAGCUGGUGGAGGAGCGGGCCACCGCCGCCGCGCAGGAGCCCGUGCUCGAGGAGCCGAGGCCGCCGGCGGAGGCCCCCGCGGGGGAGGCCGCCGCGGCGGCGCCGCAGCCGGGCAGCGCCGCGGAGGCGGCCCGCUCCGUGGCCGCGGACGAGGAGACGCAGCCAGAGAACGCCACGGAGGCAGCCAGCGCCACCGCACAGGAGGAGGUGGCGCUGCAGCCGCAGGCCGAGACGGUGCAGGCAAACUCCACCGACGAGGCGCAAGAUGCCGCCCCGGCGGAGGGGGAGGUCGGCUCCGAGCCGCUGCCAUGGGUGGACUGGGACGCCGAGGACACGCCUCCGCCGGCGGGGGAGCCGCUGCCAGAGGCCCACGACGCGCAGGCGGUGGCGCCGCAGCCAGAGAACGCCACCGAGGAGGCCACGCCCCACGAGGAGCCGGCCAUGCCGAGGCAGGCGGCGGGCCCGGGGCAUCUGCCGCUGGUGGACGGGGACUCCGUGCGGGUUGCCGACGCCACGACGGAGGGGCGCUGGCGUGACUUCUCAUCGGGCGCUUCCACCAGCACCCACUAAUUCAUGGCUGCCGCUUGUGCUCUCCGCGCGGUUGCACUGCCAUGCUCGGCUGGCCUGUUGUCUUUUGCAGCGUUGAUGGUGUCGUCAGUCUAUUCUGCUUCGUUUAGUUACGCACGGCAAGUGCGCAAGCGCGUGUACUUUGUCGACGAGUCUGCCGAAAGGG